AUGGCCAACCCACCGCAGCGCACACAACAGGUGCCUCAGCAUGUUACCGCGCUCCUUUCCCACCUCACCUCCCGCCCGGGGGUGCAAUCCACCCUGAUCCUCUCCCGCAAAGACGGCUCUAUCAUCCAAAGCACGGGGCAACUUGCUGCUCAAGAGAACAACCAUCCGCCUCGCCCUAUACCACCCGCUCCAUCAAACGCCGACCAGACCCCACUUGCACCACCAUCCGACUCCUCCCCAGCAUCCCCGGUCGCCCCAACACCCACCACUUACCAGCCCUCGCAGGCAGAGGCGCUGGCGGCACAUAUUUUCAAUUUCGUAUCCAGUGCCUCUGCACUGGGAGUCUCGCUGGCUCGACCUAUUACGAUGCAGACUGCCAAUGGGCAUUCUUCGAGCGGGCUGGAUGGGGAGUAUGAGACUUACGCGAACGGCACGGGCACGACUACGCCCCGGGACGAGGAUCGGGAUGGGGAGGAGGCCCGUGAGGAGGACGAUGAGGUGAAGUUGCUGCGCAUGCGGACGCGGAAACACGAAAUUGUCGUCGUGCCGGACCGGAAAUAUCUUCUCUGCGUGGUGCACGAUGCCGCGCAUGGCAGCGGUGGUCCUGGGGCCGCGGGGGCUCGUUUGGCACGGAUGGCGUCUACUUUUGAUGUGGCUGCGGCACGCGCUGCGUUUCCGGCUCUACAAGGGGAGCAGAUUUAUAUGGAUAAUGCGGGAGGAAGCCAGGUUCUGGGCACCGUUGCGGAUUCGAUCCACUCGUACUUGUUGAAUACAAACGUCCAGCUUGGUGCCACCUAUAAGACUGCACUCACUUCGACUGCUGCAUAUGCGGACGCAUACACGGCCGCCGCGGGCUUUAUCAAUGCACGGCCAGAGGAGAUCAGCAUUGGAGUUUCAACCACGCAACUGUUGCACAACCUCUCAACCGCCCUGAGGUUCCAGCCUGGCGAUGAAAUAGUUGUGUCCAAGCUUAAUCACGAGGCGAACAGCGCACCAUGGGCCCGCGUUGCCGAGCGGCUCGGCUUGACAGUCAAGUGGUGGACACCCUCCGACCCGAAGAAUCCCACCUGCGAGGUGGCCGAAUUGAAGUCGCUGCUGUCCGACAAGACCCGCCUGGUAGCCUGCCCGCAUGCCUCCAACAUCACGGGCACCAUCAGCCCGAUCCGGGAGAUUGCUGAUGCGGUUCAUGCUUAUCCUCGACAGGCACUACUCUGUGUCGAUGGCGUCGCCCUCGCGCCGCACCGCCAAGUCGACGUCCAAGCCCUCGGGGUGGAUUUCUACGGGGGGGCCAUCCAGGCAUUCUCCUGGUACAAGGUGUACGGUCCCCACCUCGCGCAACUAUAUGCCUCGUCGCGCAUCCAUGACCAGAUCGACUCGCUGGCCCACUUCUUCAAGCCCACCGACACGCUGGACCUCAAGCUCAACCUGGCCUCGGCCAACUACGAGCUGACCCAGAGCAUCCCGGCGGUCGUCGCGUACUUCGCGGCCGACCCUGGCGCGACGUGGGCCGCGAUGGCCGCGCACGAGGAGCGGCUGCAGCAGAUCUUGCUGACGUUCCUGGCGGCGGAUGACCGGGUCACGAUCAUCGGGGAGCCAUCGGCGCGCAAGGAGCUCCGCGUGGCGGUGAUUAGUUUCAUCGUGCGCGGCGUCGGCAGUCAGCAGCUGGUUGAGGCGGUUGAGCAGCGGUCGCCGUAUGGGUUCCGCAGCGGCCACAUGUAUAGCCACCGGCUGCUCAAGGACGUGUGUGGCCUGGCUGAUGUGGACGAUGGGGUGGUCCGGGUGAGCUUCUUGCAUUAUAACACUGAGGUGGAGGUGCACGGGCUGGUGGCCGUUCUCCGGGAGGCUCUGGCAGGGCUGUCGAUUGUAGCAUGA